AUGGACAACUUUUCUGCUAGCAGUGACAGUGGAGGGGAAUCAGACACCUCCAAUGGCAACCAAGACACAGCUACAACGACCAAGCAAGAGGAACUGGUAACCAAACUCCAGCUUCGAUUGACAGCAUCGCAUCUUCCCAAAGUAGUAGGUGGUGGCGGCUUGAAGAAACUCGUGAGAAAGCGUCCCGAUACCUUUGCCACUGUGGCCUCCAUUGUUCGAAAGACUGGAUCAGGGAGCAAGGGAACCAGAACCGUCAGUCCGUACCGCAGCAGUCAAUAUGGGGAAACUGAGUUUCAAUCUUCAGAAUUCAACUUUAAUGGAAGCUCCCCAGAAAGCGACUACAUGGUGGAGUGGGGAUCCACAGAAGUGAUCCAAAACAGUCGGUCUCCACAAUGGAUCGAAACGAUACCCCUGAAGUACGAGUAUGGAUCAGAACUUUUCUUUUAUGUACGGAUAUUGCAGGCAGAUCCACUUGCUAGUAAUAGUGAAGAUAAUGGGAGUAGGAGACCAUCUAACGGUGGUGCACUAAGUCCAUUGAGCCAGAGCUCCAGUGCCGACGAUGCCUCUGUUGCCAGCCAAUCAUUUUAUGGAACUCCCACAAACAAAAAGAAUCGAAUGGGGCAUUGCUUUGGAACAGCUCUAUUUGAAGUUGGUGAUAUUCUGGGGAGUCGAAACUAUACCAAGGUUAAACGGCUCAAAGCUGGAGGAUGUGUCUAUGCCCGCGUAGAACCUGUACAAGAACGAGAUCAAAACAAGUUGCGAUUCCGGUUUCAGUUUCAAGCGCUCAACCUCAUGGUUGGCAACACUACGGUGAAGAGCAGAUUGCUCGGUUCAGCUGAACCUACUACUGUUCUGGAAAUUUCUCGCCCCCAUGACUCUCCUUCUAUGCAUUCAUGGGUAACAGUCUUUCGCUCGCGCCCAGUCUAUAACAGUUCCAAUCCAAGUUGGGACCGAGGCGAAGUGGAUUUAGAUUCCAUCUGUCGAAAUGAUGAUCUGAGUAAGAUUGUAAGGCUUUCCAUCUACCGAAUUCGAAGCGGAAAUAAGCCACAACAACUCCUCGGUAUGUGUGAAACAACACUAUACAAUAUAAUGGCAAACUGUGCUCAAAAUGAAGACGGUGGAGAAGCGUGUUCCGAGAGAGAUUUUUUUCUGCAACGGAACUAUCGACAACUGCAACAGGUCGGGAGUCUUCGGGUCCAUGCGGCAUCCCUGGUGACAUUGUCGGGUCGCGAUGUUUCGAAACCCUUGGCUACAGCAUCCCAAAUCCUUCCCGUUUCGCCUCUGAGCGCUUCUUCAUCGUCACCCAUUGGGAGAACGAAUUCCACGGACAGCACAACGACAGCAAAUGGCGAAGAUCCGUUCAACGUAGAUUUGCGACAGCUAUCGAUGCGAUUCAGCGCCACACAAAGCACUCCAACCACUAGUUUGAGCGAGUUCAUGGACAGCGGAGGACAAAUCGACUUUAGUGUUGCGAUUGAUUAUACCAGUUCUAACGGUAAUCCUUUGGAACCAGGAACAUUGCACUUUCAGAGCGAGGAAACAUUCAACGACUAUGAAGAAACCAUCACUUGUAUUGGGAAUGCAAUCGACAAGUACAGUAAAUCCUCUGAAUACAGUGUCUGGGGCUUUGGCGCCAAGUUUGGAGACGGAGUUGUAAGGCAUUUGUUUCAAUGUGGGCAAAGCCCAACUGUCAAGGGAGUUGAUGGUAUUCUUGAUGCCUACAGGAGCGUGUUUCGCAGCGGUGGAAUCACCAUGAGCGGUCCAACCGUCUUUCUAAAGGCGAUACAAUCAGCUGCAGUGAGGGCUCGAAAAUCAAAAAUGGACAACACUGGCGGGCCCCUUCGAUACUCUGUCCUGUUGAUUGUCACGGAUGGCAUCAUGGCCAACUUUGAGGAAACCAAACAAAAGUUGGCUGUAUACUCUGAAGUUCCGUUAUCUGUUGUGAUUGUAGGGGUGGGAAGGUCCGAUUUUCAAGCCAUGUAUCACUUGUGUGAAUCGCCACAAUCCACAGCAACCGCUCGAAAGAAUACUACAUUUGUCGAGUUUCGGCAGCACCAACACGAUCCAAGGUCACUGGCGCAAGCAGCAUUGCAAGAGAUACCACGACAACUCUCCGACUAUAUGGUUUCAAACGGUCUUUCAAUGCAAUGA